CCGUCCUGCCGGGGAUGCACUGGGGGGAUCUCCUUGGCCUUCCCUCUGGCACGGAGGCAAAUCCCAUCCUGUCCUUGUCCUUCCUCCCCCAGACAAGGAGGCCAGGGAGGACAAAUCCCCUCAGCAGAAUCUCGUGGAAGAGGCUGUUUUGAGCGGCUCCAUGGCACAGGAAUGCAAUGGGGAGGAAAAGGUGCUGAGAUCCCGCCCGAGGAGGGGCUCCAAACCCAUGCCAGGGUGCUCCGAGGAGGAAGGACCCACCCUGUGCCAGGAAGGCAGCCAGAGAUGUGGCCAGAGCUCUGAGCUGGUGGUGCAUGAACAGCUUCACAAUGGCAAGAAGCGGCACCAGUGCUCGGAAUGUGGGAAGAGUUUCUGUGCAAAGUCCAGGCUGCUCCGGCACCAGAAGAUCCACACUGGGGAACGGCUCUACGAGUGUGGGAAAUGUGGGAAGCGCUUCAGAGACACCUCUCACCUGAUGAUCCACCUGAGAGUCCACACUGGGGAACGGCCCUAUGAGUGUGGGCAGUGUGGGAAGAGCUUCACUCAAAGCUCCAGCCUGAUCUCCCACAAGAGGAUCCACACUGGGGAACGGCCCUAUGAGUGUGGGGAGUGUGGCAAGAGCUUCACUACGAGCUCCAGACUGAUUGUCCAUCAGAGGAUCCACACUGGGGAACGGCCCUAUGAGUGUGGGGAAUGUGGGAAGAGCUUCACUCAGAGCUCCAGCCUGAUUGUCCACAAGAGGAUCCACACCGGUGAAUGGCCCUAUAAAUGUGGAGAAUGUGGGAAAGGCUUCAGAAAGAGCUUUCACCUGAAAGGCCACCAGAUGCUCUGCACUGGAAUCUGACCCUGUGUGUGUGGGGAGAGCGGGAACAGCUUCUGUGACAGCUCUGGCCUGAUCAUGCAGCAGACAGUGCACACUGGGGAAUGCCCCUACACGUGCUCAGAAUGUGGGAAGAGCUUCAUCCAGCACUGCAAGCUGCUUGUCCACCGGCAGAUGCACAGCGGAGAGAGGUCCUAACAGUGCCCUGCAUGCGGGAAGAGCUUUGUGCACUGCUUCAACUCCAUCCCCCGUUGGAGGAGCCCAUUGGAUGAUCCCCAGUGAGCCCCAUUGGGCAGAGCCUUGGAGAUCCAUGGUCCUGGUGAUCCAUGGUGGGAAGAGAGCUGGCUGGUGGUCUCCACAUCUUCCUGGGCCCCUGUGGGCACCUGGAUGCAAAAGGAGCUCAAGGGGACAUGGCCAUGGAUGGUGACAUGGACAUGGAUGGAGACAUGAGGGUGACAUGGACACGGGUGGGGACAUAGAGAGCCAAGACUGGGGGCAUGGUGGGGAUACGGGCAUGGGUGGGGACAUCAGGGCACAC